CCUGACACGAGCACAAACCUGGAGACUAGUAUUAACUAUUAAAGUCGCCCUUCGUUUCCACGACUCCGGCUGAGCGAGCCAUCGGCGCCGCUGUCCUCUGUCCUCAGCUCAGCUUGCUAGGUUUGUGUUGCGAGCUCCGAGUGGGUUCAAGGGUGUCGAGGAGAUGAUGCUGUGCGGGCGCGGCGGCGGCGGCGGGAGGCGCCUGUUCACGGCGUCGCAGUGGCAGGAGCUGGAGCACCAGGCGCUCAUCUACAAGUACAUGGCCUCCGGCGCGCCCGUGCCGCACGACCUCGUCCUGCCACUCCGCCUCGCCACCGGCGUCGACACCGCCCCCUCCCUCGCCUUCCCGCCCCAGCCGCCGUCCCUGGGGUACUGGGGGUGCUACAGCGCGGGGGCGCAGUUCGGGCGGAAGGCGGAGGACCAGGAGCCGGGGCGGUGCCGGCGGACGGACGGCAAGAAGUGGCGCUGCUCCAGGGAGGCCCACGGCGACUCCAAGUACUGCGAGAAGCACAUUCACCGCGGCAAGAACCGUUCAAGAAAGCCUGUGGAAGUGACCUCCUCCGCCUCCUCCCCCGCCACAGUCGCCACCGCCUACCGGCCGUCCGCAUUCUCCAUCUCGCCCCCUCGCGCGCCCACCUAUGAACACCACCACCAGCUCCAUCACGGCGCCUCCUCUGCUCGCACCCCCGCUCAAACCGCCAGCCCUCUCCAGCUCCACCUCGAUGCCGGCUUCCACGCGACGUCGCCGCCGCCGCCCUACCACAUGUACGCUCACGCUUACAGCACACCGCCGUCGUCUCUCUUCCCGGACGGUUUCGGCUACGCGCCGUCCCAGGAUCGCGAGGAAGCUGAGAUGAGGCGGCAGCAUUACCUCGCGCUCGGGGCUGACCUGAGCCUGGACAAGCCGCCGGCCGCGGCCGGCCGCGACGCCGCGGGCACGGAGAAGCUGCUGCGGCGCUUCUUCGACGAGUGGCCCCGGGAGAGCAGCGACGGGAGGGCGGCGUUGAUGGGGGUGGAGGAGGCGACGCAGCUCUCCAUCUCCAUCCCCGUGGCCUCACCCUCCGACCUCGCCGCCGCCGCCUCGCGCUACCACAACGGUAAAAGCGUCCGAAAAAGACUCAACUUUUAAUUCCUUACGAAGGCAUUCACUCUGCUGAUUGAUUCGCGCAUUGUUCUGGCUGCUGGAUUCGAUCUGCAGGGCAGUGAUCGGUGCAUUUCGUCGUCGUAGCUGCCUGCGAUAGCAAGGAGCUUCCGUGUUCUCGCGCGCAGCACGGACAGAGGAGCAUGCAGCUCAGCCUGAGACCCUGAACGAAGUCGAGUCAUGUAGUGGCACUAUGUUUUGAUCUUCAUUUUUCUUUGUAGUAUCAAAUGUUAGGUUGUUGUUUGUGUAACAUUUUUGUUUAACGACCAAAUUAGUCCGAGCUGAGGUGACGUGAGGUUGCUCCUGUUUCUUCCUUUCGGUGCCUUUUCAGUCUGUGAUGUAAACUUUGUCAGCAGAUUCCUGUUUCCCAUGCCUUUGAUUCCUUU